UGUGGUUCACGCUAAGUUUCAACAGCCACCCGGUUACACUUCUUGUCUUCUUCGUCGCGAUCUGUAGUAGGAACACUCAAUACAGCAGCUCAUUGUGGACACCUCGAGCAUGGCGGACGAUGUGUUUACUCCACAUAUGGAAGCGGUCUCCAAUCUUUUGUGGGCUGUAACUUCUGCUGUGGGAGCUGGACUUUGCUUCUUCGUGCUUCUUGUCAUCGCUGCAGUAUGGUCGUAUCCCUUAACGCGCUCACAUCUGGAUCGUGUGAGUUUCCGAAUAGUGACAAUCGCGCUUGUCGCAAAUAUGAUCUUUGGGAUUGCAAGCGCUGUAGGAGGAACGAUGACGCACGGUGGUUUCCUCUGUGGCUUCUCAAUUUUUGUCCUGCAGUUGACUCUACAAAUCUCGAGCUUCCUACUGUUCUGCAUCGCUCUUAAUCUUCAACUUGUUGUCGUUCAUGGCUUCAAUGGACAGAGUAUGGAGAAAUAUUACAUCAUUUUUUCCCUCGUUUUCGCUUCUGUACUUGCAAUCCCUCCUUAUGCAGCUAACCAAUACGGAUGGGAUCCUUUGGAACAAGAUUGUUGGUAUAAAAAUGAUAACCGAAGUCAACGAUUGGCAUGGCAGAUAUCGACUCAGAUGGCCUGGACGGCAAUAACAUCUAUAGGUGAAAUCAUAGCAUCAACUUCCGUCAUGGUGUUCAUGCUGAAGCAUCACGUACGCACUCGGCGUGUCUUUGUUUCCACACAAUCGAUCUCCCGAAAUUCGUCCAAUUCACCACAGGUCAUCCAUGCUAACAGUUAUAAACGGAUCAUUUUGCGCAUCGCUCUUUACCCGCUGGCGUCGUGUUUCGUCAAUUUGCUAAGCAUAUUCACCGCACUUCAUUCGACGGUAGCAGGUGGUAUUCAUAACCAAACCGAUUAUCAUAUUCUUCUGUUGAGCGAUUUCCUGUACGGCGGUCGCGCAAUCGUUUAUGCGCUUCUUGCGGCUUCAGAUCCUGCCUUGGUUCGCGGUGUCAAGGCUCUUUACCGAAUUAUUCGUGGUACACAUGCCUCCGAUACUGAUGUUGGUAAACAUUACCCCACCAUGGACGAUCAAAGCCAAUCGAACGGCCUAGUCGUUCAUAUAGAGCUCACGACGGUACAUGAUUCCUUUGGACACGAGUUGGAGGAAGAAAGAACGCCCAAACAGACUGAGAUGGGUUUGCCAGGCAUACCUGAGGACAAGCGAAUCAAUGAACCACAGCCUGUGAAUUCUGCUAGAGCUUCCCUGGAGCUUAGGAGACGAACCUCAAGAAAUCUCACAGGUUUGGACAUACGGCGGCGCGAGGAAGCACUUCGAGAGGAGGAGGUCGCGUUUAACAAACAAAUUUAAUCGCACAUACGUACAGUAUGUACAGUAUGUAGGUCUGAUGUAUAUGUACGUUUGUUCCUAAUAUUUAUGUCGGUACUAUUGGUUAGGUUAGGG